AAAAAAAAAUGUUAGAUGACAGUGACAUUGACAAACAAGUCGCAAAAUACAAGUGAAAAGUCUGGUUAGAUUCAAAGAGAUUAAAAUACAUAUGGAAAUUACUGGUAUUGCAGUGGAGCUUAGAUAAAAGAAAGUACCGGUGGCUCCAUUGAGUGUAAACAAAAAUCAUAUGUAUAAUUUACUAAAUAAAUGUCGAUAUGGAAAGGAUUAAGGUCGUAUUAGACAAAAUUUUACACGAUCGCUAUGAUUUCUGUUGUUUAUGUCUAAGUAAUAUUACGGACAAGGCCAUUAUUUAUCAUAUUGACGAUGAAAUAGUAUUUGAUACGAAAAAUACGAAUUUGUUUGAAAUUCUGUCCUGUGUCCUUGGAAACGAAGUACCAUCUGACAUAAUGGACUUUGUUGCAAUAUGUCAAAAAUGCACUGAAACUGCAAUACAAGCUUACAAAUUCAUCAUGGACUGUAGAAAAAAGUCUUUACAGCUAUACCUUACAAUUAAAACUCUGAAUGAUUACUUUGAAAAUUUAAAAGUAAAUACAAAAAAUCUUUAUCUCUGUUUAGGUUCAGACUAUAAUGUUAAAGAUUAUACUAUUAAUGAUGUAGGAAAACAUCGCACUGAAAUAUUAAAUAUGAUAAAAAUUGAACUAGAACCAGAAGUUGAACUGCCUAAUUUGCCUACAGAAAUAUACAAGGGAAAUAAAGGAUCCCACAAAACUGUAAAUUUAACCGAUAUAAUUUAUGAUAAAAAUAACUUAUCACUACUGAAAUGUAAAAUAUGUCAUAAUAUAUUUUCAAGAGCUCCAAAUCUAAAGAAACAUUACUAUAGUGUGCAUGCACCUAAGAUCUAUAAAUGUUCUAUAUGUCCAAAAAGCUUUGGUUCAUCUGUUCUUUUACAAACGCACAGAAACUACCAUCACACUGCUGGUGUCUGUUGUACGGAGUGCGGGAAAGUAUUCAGCAAUGCAUAUGCACUAGACAGCCAUGAAAAAAGACACAAAACGAGACACAUUUGUCAGCAUUGUGGUAAAGUUUACAAAACUAAACAAGCAUUCCAGGCCCACAUACAAGAAUUUCAUUAUGGUGCUUUAAAAGAAAAACUAAUCUUCAUUUGCAACUAUUGUGGAAAGAAAUAUUCUCAAAAAUCUGCAAUACGGGUGCAUAUACAAUUUGAACAUGAAAAUGGAAAGUUCUGUGAAUGCAAUUGGUGUAAAAAGAAGUUUAGUUCGGUUAGUAAAUUAAAGGAACACAUUAUCACUCAUACAAAGGAGAAGAGAUUUACUUGUAGACAAUGUGGAGGUCGAUUUGGUACAAAAAUGUCUCUGAUUUAUCACACACGGACACACACUGGGGAAAGGCCAUACAAAUGUCAAUAUUGUGAUAGCAGUUUCUUGUCCGCGUCACGCAGGUUGACGCAUGUGAAGCAACAUCACAUGCCAGCAACACUGGAGUGUGACCUGUGCCAUAAGAAGUUUAAGAUACGGAGCUAUUUGCUGCGGCAUAGGGAGAAGCAUUUUGAUCCUAGUAGCAAAUUACACCAAUCUGCUGUAUAACAUAUCAAGUCAUGGCAUUUUUUUUAUAUAUAUAUUUGCAGCUGUAAAUAAUAAUAUUGUAUCAAAUGUUAAUAAACAUAUUGGUAAAAACAUA